AAAAAAAAUGGCCGUGCGACAAAAAUAUUAGUGACAUAAUUGUGCUCCUUUAAUUACACAAAAAAUCCUUAUCUUAUCAAGUUUUGCGAAAAGACACGAAAUGGAGGAUAUUUUCCAGUGGUGUAGGGACGGAAAUGCCCUCCAGGUGAGGGUAUGGCUCGACGACACCGAACACGACAUGAAUCAGGGGGAUGACCAUGGGUUCAGUCCUCUCCACUGGGCGGCUAAAAGGGGGCACACGAAAAUCGUGGAGAUGCUCCUGCUUCGGGGGGCGCGGGUCAACGCCACCAACAGGGGGGACGACACYCCCCUGCAUCUGGCAGCUGCCCACGGACAUCGAGAGAUUGUCCUAAUGUUGUUGCGCCAAAGAGCCGACGUGAAUUUCACAAACGAGCACGGCAACACCCCAUUGCACUACGCGUGUUUUUGGGGCUAUCGCGAAAUCGCCGAAGACUUGGUCCACCACGACGCCAAAGUUUCCAUUGCGAACAAAUACGGCGACACUCCAUUGGACAAAGCGAGAGGCAACUUGGCGAAAGUCCUCCACGACAUGGCCGUGGAGGCCGGCCAAGACCUCAAAAAAAUCAUCUUCAAGGACCAAAGUUGGCUAGGCCUCAAAACACGGUCACGUGACGCCACUCUAUCCCGCCAUAAAGGCAUCAACAUUAAAGAGUUGCACCGUCGCGAGGAAAUUGCUUCAACCCCCAGUGGCGUAACAUACAGAGGGACGUGGCAGAAAAACGAUGUUGUUGCCAAAGUGCUCAACAUACGUGAGGUGACUUCGCGAAUCUCCCGCGAUUUUAAUGAGGAAUUUCCCAAGUUGAGGAUUUUUUCGCAUCCGAAUAUCCUUCCGGUGAUUGGCUGUUGUAACAGUCCGCCAUAUUUGAUCGUAAUCAGUCAGUAUAUGCCACUAGGGUCGCUCUAUAAUGUUUUGCAUGAAAGCAGUGGGAUUGUCGUUGAUAACGCACAAGCCUUGCGAUUCGCUGUUGAUAUAGCGAGAGGAAUGGCCUAUUUGCACAGUCUUGAACGGAUAAUCCCCGAAUAUCGCUUGAAUAGCCGUCACGUGAUUAUUGAAGAUGAUUUGACAGCUCGAAUCAACAUGGCCGAUGCGAAAUUCUCGUUUCAGGAGAAGGGGAGGAUCUACCAUCCGGCGUGGAUGUCCCCGGAGGCUUUGCAGAAGAAGAUCACUGAUCGGAAUUGGGAAGCGUCGGAUAUGUGGAGUUUUGCGAUCUUGUUAUGGGAGUUGGCUACAAGGGAAGUACCAUUUGCGGAUUUGAAUCCUAUGGAAGCGGGAAUGAAGAUUGCUUUGGAAGGACUAAGGAUUACGAUAAAGCCGGGAAUUUCGUCGCAUUUGUCCAAAUUGAUUAAGAUCUGCAUGAAUGAGGAUCCUGGAAAAAGGCCCAAAUUUGAUAUGAUUGUGCCGAUUUUGGAUAAGAUGCAACGUUGAAAAGGGUGGAUUCUAAAACUACUAAAAUGGCUAUAAUGUGCCUUGGAUAUUGCCUUGAUUAAUUGUGUUCUUUCUAUGUAUUUAAUGUGUAUGUUCUUUAAUGUUUUUUUAGAUGUGCUAUACAUAAUUUUUUAAUGUAUUUAUUAAUAACUAUGACAUGUUAAUACUUGUAGGAUAUAUUUUAAUAAAAAAUUGUAACUGUU